AUGCUAGAUCUCCCUGAUGAUGGAAAGCCCGACUGGGCCGGGUUGUCUAAGAUCUUCAGGGAUAGUAUUGAUGAGGAAGUUGAAUUCACUGAUAAUCAUGAAGACAACUUUUGCCGCCUUGCACCAAUCAUCUCUCAGCAUCUCCAUUUUAUUACCAGGGAUUAUGCCGCCAGUAAAUGUUCCUUGACAAAUAUUGAGCUUCACCUAUCCGAUGUAUGGUAUGCAUGCAUUAUGGCAGGGAAGCACAUUUGGGGUCGUACUUCAGAACCAAAUACUGUUGUUGUUGCUCUUGCAGGCCUCAAAACAUCUGGACCACUUCAACGUCCCUCGCAAAGAGAUGGUCCUUCGCAGACACUCAGUGCCCAUAACGCAGAUCAACCAAUCACCUUCUUAGAUGGUCGCACAUUCUGGCCCGAGCUGCCUCUGUUCGCUGUCACUCUUAUCGAUGAGUUUACGCAACGCUUCCAUCAACCCAACUAUGGCGCCGAGUUCUCCUUUAACCUAGCUACCUUUGUCGGGAGGCUAGUCUCUGUUGGAAUCUUCCAUGGACCUGCUAUCUGCAUGUUGUCACUGUUUCGAGAGGCUCUGGAGACCCCUCGGCCACUUACAACAACGGUUGAUGGUGACGAUGGCGCAAGGAUGCAGUCAUUUGAGGACCGCUUGCAGACAUUGGCGCAAGCAAUUGAGGGAGCUAGCUAG